CUCUCUCUUUCUCUGUCUCUGUUUUCUUCGUCCGCUUGGCCUUCUUGUCGUUCUUUCUCGUCUUACUUAUCUCUCUUCCUUCUCUCUUGUCCGUUGAUUUCGUCCCUACUUCGUUCUUUUUCUUGUCCGUCCAUUCUCUGAGAUACCACGACGGAAGUAGCCCAACCCUCGCGUCGCCGGAAAAUCAGCCGGAAACGGUCGUGAUCUCCACGGGACGCGUUUGCCCUAACAAUUAGACGCGUGUUCGGGUAAGACGCGAAGAUUUUCCAGAGUUCUUUCGCUCUAGGGCUCGAUCUCACUGGUCGAGGUGCUUCGAGGGUGAUUCGGAGUGAAUUAGGGUUCCUUCAGUGCGCCGGUCCGAUCUAGGGUUUGGAGGAAAGGAUAAGGUUCUGGGAUUGAGGAGAAGGCGAGAGAUUGUUCGGACGAAAGAGGGUUGAAUUGAUGUGUCGCCCCGGGGGUGAAGGAGCGGCUUUAACCCUGGGGGAAGAUGCAAGGCUAUGCAUGGGGGAGAAGGUGAGGACCGAAGACGGAAGCGGCACAUGCGGCCGGACCCCCUUCGUUCGGCGACGACAGUGGCGAAUUCUUCGCUUUCUGAAGGGGCCUAUUUCUGCAAGGAUGGUCGCAAGAUCAGCGUUGGUGAUUGUGCACUUUUCCAAGCUGAAGGUUCACCACCCUCUAUUGGUAUAAUUCGUUGUUUGACAACAAAUAAAGAGGACUAUCCCAAACUUGGUGUGAAUUGGCUCUAUCAGCCUGCUGAUGUGAAGUUUAAAGGCUUCUUGUCUGCACCGAAUGAAGUCUUCUAUUCAUUUCACAGGAAUGAAAUAUCUGCUGCCUUCCUUCUUCAUCCGUGUAAAGUUGCAUUUCUUCGUAAAGGCAUCGAACUUCCUCCAGGCAUAUCCUCUUUUGUAUGUCGACGAGUUUAUGACAGAUCAAACAAGCGUUUAUGGUGGCUAACUGAUAAGGAUUACAUAAAUGAGGAUGUAACAUACAACAAUGUUAAGGGAACAUCAGCCACCUCUCUAACCUGCAAGAUGCCCAGAAUUUUGCUUUCGUGGAGCUCGAUUACCAUAAAUUUGAGGCGUUGGAGCUCUUUCACAAAAUGCAACUUGUUGGUGUCCGUCCACCGUGACCAUGCUAAUGUGUUCACAUAGGUGCACCAUGCAUCGAGAUGGCCAAAGGGACUAUGAUCGGACAAAGGUCGAGAUGGCCAAACACACACACACACACCCUAUCUAUAUAUAUAUAUAUAUAUAUAUCUCUAUAUAUAUAUAUAUAUAUAUAGAGAGAGAGAGAGAGAGAGAGAGAGAGAGAGAGAGACUAUCAUAUGUUAGAUUUAAUAAGAAUCAUCUAAAUCUGGGCUGUCAAUUUUAAAGGUAUAGAAAACACAAUACUCAGAACAAGUUGAAAGGUUUUGUAAAGAAAGUGCACACACAUAAAUGAGUUUCUUUAAUCGAGACCUCUUCUUCUGACUACUCUGAUUUCCUUAUAAUAGAAUCAAGGAGUCUAAACGAACGAUGCCAUUAAGUUUGGUAUGGGAGGUAUAUAUGGUAGAUUGGUAUGCCUUUAUAAAUAUAUAUACACACACUUUUGCGUUAACCAAAAAAUAUUUUUUUUUAAUAAAUAUUUAUUUUUUACUCUGUCUUUAUUACACAUUAAAUCACUUAUUUAUAUUUGAAAAGCUAUUCAAAUUUUCUAUCCCUUUUUCAAUCUCAUUUAUUUGGUUUACUCGAUUACCGAGUUUUUGUUAUUGACUUUGUAGAAAGUAAAAUUUAAUGAUCCAUAAAACCUUUUGAAAAUUUUUUAGCCAAUCAUUUGCUCCUUUAGUACAUGUUCUAAUUAGUAGAUUCAUUCCUUGUCCGAAGCCGGGUCAUUCAUACCUUUGUUUAUUGAAUUAAUUUCACAACGAACAGCCGCAAUUACUAUCAUAUCAAGAAUUCUCGCCCAAUUGAUUGCUCCCAGUCAUUUUUGUAUUCAACGAUAAAUAUUUUUAAAUCAAAUAAGUAAUGAUUUUUCAUAAUGUAGGCCAUAUAUAUUUCUACGAUAUUUGAAAACUAAUUUCAUGUUAAAAUGUGAGUUGGUUCUGAAACAGUGUAAGUACAAAUAAAAUAUUAUGGCUUUGCUGGGGACAUCUAUGGAAAAGCAAGAGAGAGAGAGAGGGGAGGGGACAGACAUGGUCAAUUCAGAGAUGCAGAUCUGUGGUGCAUUGGUAGCUCAAGUGAGAGUGACAAGGCAGUGGGAGGAAGAAGGAUCAUGUGGACAAAAGGAAGUCGAUGGUGCUCAAUGAUGCUCAAUGAAGAGGCACGUUAGGGGUCACCAUAUACGUGACAUGGAAUAAGGACACUCCAAACUGGAAAAUGCCAACAUCCAUGGGGUUAAAGGUUGAACUGUCACCUUAAAGAGAAUUCAAUUCUGUGGGGCAUCCAAAUAUUUGUCUUAACUCA